GGAGGAGAAGGAUGACGCCACCUUCAGCUGACAGAUGUCACAUGACAGACAUUUUUGAUUUCAGAGACGGGCAAAGAGAAGUCGAAAACAAAUAAAUGUAUAUUUACGUUUACGAGCUAUACAAAAUGUUUGUUUUUUUUCCCAUAUCGAAAUCGCCUUGAUCAACAGGUGUUUACAUCAGCGCACCCAAGUAACUAGUCGUCUCAGGUUGUCAUCGAGCUAAAGACUGGAAGCCAACAUGAGUCCAGAAGGAAAGACCCUGCUCAACGUCAUUGUCCUGGGCUUGGGGUUUAUGGUUACGUUUACUGCCUUUGGCACCUGCGGGAAUAUUGAACAAACCGUAAUAAAGAGUUUCAACAGUACAGAGUUUCAUGGAAGUGGCUACACAAGCAUGGCUAUUAUCUACGCCGUAUUCUCCGCGUCUAACCUUAUAGCGCCUUCAGUGAUAGCUGUCAUUGGACCUCAGUUGUCUUUGUUUUUUAGUGGACUUGUUUACAGUGGUUAUAUUGCUGUUUUCAUUCAUCCGUACACCUCAUCAUUCUACACUUUAUCUGUGUUGCUUGGAAUCGCCGCUGCAGUGCUCUGGACAGCCCAAGGGAAUCUGCUCACCAUCAACUCCAAAGAUUCCACCAUUGGGAGAAACAGUGGAAUAUUUUGGGCAUUGAUGCAGUUUAGCUUAUUCUUUGGUAAUCUCUACAUAUUUUUUGCGUGGCAUGGCAAGAGUCACAUAACAGAUAAGGACCGUCAGACGGUUUUCAUCACACUCACUGUCAUCAGCCUGGUAGGCAACUUCCUUUUUUUCCUGAUCCAGCGACCAGACCCAGAACUGGCACCUUCUGAUGCUUCUGAGUCACCUCUACCAGCAGACAUCUCUGAUAGUAGCUCUAGUCUUUGCUCUCAAGCUUUAGAUGCAUUCAGUAAGUGUGAUGUAGAAGACUACCUGAACUGUAGUGUUGAGACAAUGUGGUUGCCUAUCUGUCCAGGUCUCGAGCUCACCUUUUACAGUGGGGUGUAUGGGACAUGUUUAGGGGCCAUGACUCAAUUUGGAGAGGAUGCCAAGGGUCUUAUCGGCCUCUCUGGAAUUUUGAUAGGUGUUGGUGAAAUACUUGGUGGGGGAGUAUUUGGGAUCCUGGAUAAGUGUAAUCGUUUCGGCAGAAACCCGGUGGUGUUUUUGGGCAUAUUCACACAUAUUGUGGCAUUCUACCUCAUCUUCCUCAACAUAGCCAGUGAUGCUCCAGUGGCCCCCGAGGAAGGCACACAAAUGCAAGCUUUUAUCCAGCCCAGUGUGACUGUGGCGCUGAUAUGCAGUUUCCUGCUGGGUCUGGGUGAUAGUUGUUUCAACACUCAGCUCAUCAGCAUCGUGGGCUUCUUGUUCCGGGAAGACAGUGCUUCAGCAUUCGCAGUCUUCAAAUUUGUUCAGUCCAUCACAGCUGCGGUGGCCUUCUUCUACAGCAACUAUCUUCUCCUGCACUGGCAGCUGCUCAUUAUGGUGCUGACGGGCUUCCUGGGCACCAUUACUUUCUUUGUGGUGGAGUGGGGCGUUAUCAACAGUCGACGGGACUCGGAUUAUGACAGUAUCUGAUAGGAAGAGUUAGAAGGACUGAAGUGCCAGAACUACAUCUCAUCUCCAGCCAUCAGCCUCAGUGAGCAGAUCUACAAGCCAUCUUCAGUGGCCAUUUUCCUCUAUGGUUUAACGCUUUGGUUUAGACCAUGCAUUCUCAUUUUCAAGCGAAUCGGCUGUGUAGAGUCUCUUCUUUACUUGCACUUAAAAUAUGUUUACUCCUCAGAUGGGAUCUGGGAUGAAGUGCUGUAAUGCAAUAAAAGUUUUGUUCAAAUUUUGAAGUUUUCACACGGCAUUAUACUGUGCAAUGCUAGAGUCUGGAUUAUCUUUCCAACAAUGCUUAUUUUCUAUACAUAUAAUUCACCCAAAAAUUAAACAUCUGUCAUGAUUUCCUCACCCUCAGGUUCAUAGGGUGUUGUUUUGUACAUGAACAUGAGGGGAGUUUUCUGAAGAAUUUUCAUGCAUCUUCAAUCUUCAUAGUGACCACAGAUGUCAAGCGCUGAAACAAACAUGAACAUGCCAUUAAAGUGGUCCAUACUACUUGUACACUAUAUUACAAGUUUUCUGAAGCCCUACAGUUGUUUUGUCUCAGGAACAUAUUGAAAUGUAAGCUGAUAAACUUCCCUCCCGUCAAAGCUCUAAAAUAGAAUUCACAUUCAAACAUGCCACUUAAACACUUUGCAUGAGGUUCAGCCAAACUCUAUUGGUCUUUGUAUGUGUCGUAAACGAAUGCAACUUACCCGUUUGAAUACGAGGAAUGAGCUUUGCGAGCUGGGGCCUUAAUUGACCUCAAUUUCAGUCUGAUCCUCAAAGAAAACUUUUAUAUGACAUCAGAUGUAGUGCAUUAGACAUAUUUAUUGGUCCAUUUAGUUAUUGUACUACUUAAACUCAGUUAUUGUGAAGAAGUCUUAGUGCAAAUGCAAUAAAUCACUUAAAUGUACACUACGCUGUGAGACUAUAGAUUAGAAAUAUGAUUUAAGACUAUUUUAUUGGUUCACAACUACAAAAUCAGUAUCAGCAUGAAACACUCAAUGCACAGUCAGUAGUUAAAUUAGAAUGUCUUGUUUAUUUUAAUUAUUUUGCCUUUCUUUUUUUUUUUUUAAAGAAACCAAUUUUGCCAAAGAUUGAACCACUCUUUGUAGAAAUUUGCUUUAUUGUUUUUUUUUUUAGGUUUGUCCUUAUUUGUGUGAAGUGAGCAAAUAUGUCAAUGAAACCGAUUGCUGGUGUAAUCAAUAGAAAACAGAGAAAGAAUGACUUGGGAAUCAUUUUUUUGUAAUUGCAAUUAUACUAAUAUCAAGCUGGGCUUAAGUGCAUUGAGAAAGGGUUCAGAAAGACUCUCUCUUAAUACAUUCACAAUACGUAUGUUACGAGCUGGGAGCUACAUGUACGUGAUUACGGUGUAAACGGUUCGGCUUUACUGGUUCAGAGCAAUCUAUAGGAUGAUGAGGGAAAAUGUGACAAGGAUAUCUGAUCGUAUACUUGAAUGUAUCGUACUGUAAAAAUGGAAAUUGCACCUGGAUAUUCUGUUUUCUUUUAUAAAUAUGUGUAUACAUGGGAUUAAAGUCCUUUUUGAGCCUU